AUGAGGACGUCCCCCUCUCAGGCGGGACAAGGGGGCCUUCAGCUGUGGCUCCCCCUUCUUCCCCUGCCCAGCCUGGGCAAGGCCUCCCCCGCCUUCUCCGGAGCAGAUGGGCAACCACUUGUGAUUCACACAGUGGGGCCCAUCGCCCAGGGCCAGCCCAGUCCCUCGCAGCAGACCGAACUCAGCGACUGCUACAAGAACAGCUUGAAACUCGCCUUGGAGAACAAGCUGCAAACGGUGGCCUUCCCCUGUAUUUCCACCGGGGUGUUUGGCUACCCGAACGACGAUGCUGCGGAGGUUGUCCUCAACACAUUACACAACUGGCUAGAAGACAACAAGGACAAGGUCGAGCGGCUGAUCGUCUGUGUUUUCCUGGAAAAGGACGACGAAAUUUAUAAGGAGAAGCUGCCCAAGUAUUUUCCCAUCGAUGCCGGUGAGGAACCUCCGUCCUCAAAGCUCUGAAGUGGCUCCCUGCAAAUCCCGCGGCCUCCCUGCAGACGGAGACGCCGGAUCUUUUCCAAGCUAGGAGAAAACAGCCCCCCCCCCUCUUCUUCUUCUUCCCCAGGCGCGAUCGGGCGCAAUGCCGGAAUAAAAAUGAAAA